GAGAAAAACUCUUUCACUCCGUCUCCUCAGUCCUCAGGUGCACAAGAGCAGCACAAAAUGCAAGCCACCGGGCAUUCAACAAGAAGAAACCGGUACACUUGUGACGUAUGUUAAUUUCUGGCGCAGAAUCAUAAGGAAAGCGACUCGAAUUUAUAUCCACGACUCAUUGAGGACAAAUAACAAGCCUGUGUUUGAAGUGUGUGUGAGUGCUCGCGCAGUCUCACUGCCGACGAAUUACAUUACCGCACGUUUGAACCGCACAGACUCACAUUUCAGCGCUUAUUGGAGUGUCUUGAAGGACAUGAGGUGGUUUGACAGCACAAUCAUGCCGUCGUUGAGGCCGUGAUUGAGUAGCAGUGCUCUAGGCCCCGUCUGAGCCUCCGGCACCCCACCAGGCAGCCGCAGCAUGUCCAGUUCGGGCUUUCCCCCCAGCCAGGGGUCAUUCAGCAGCGAGCAGAGCCGUUACCCACCACACUCAGUGCAGUACACCUUCAGCUCCACACGCCACCCGACGGAGUUCACAGUUCCCGACUACCGCAGCCCCUUGCAGGACCAGCAGCGCCGCAGACCUUCACUACUGUCUGAAUUUCACCCUGGGACUGAGAGGCCGCCGGAGCGCAGACAUGGUUAUGAGCAGCAGUUUCAUGCCGUACCAGGUCAGCAGGAUCAGGAAACUCUUGAGGCCAAGCGUCCCCGCGUCGAAAACUUAUCUGAAACACACUUUACUAGAGCUCAGCCCACCGGCAUCGUACUGGCCCCUCCACAUGCCAUACAGGACACCAUCAGGGCCUCUGGAGAGGUCAAGAAGGAAACCCAGUUUAGUGUGAAGGUGGAGGCCUCGUCCCCAGGUGGAGUUCCACAGGUGGGCGAAGAUGCGGACACGUCGCCCUCCAAACUCUCUAAAGAGGAGUUGAUUCAGAGCAUGGACCGUGUUGACCGUGAGAUUGCCAAGGUCGAGCAGCAGAUUUUCAAACUGAAAAAGAAACAGCAACAACUGGAGGAAGAGGCAGCAAAGCCAGUAGAGCCAGAAAAGCCGGUGACUCCGCCCCCUGUGGAACACAAACAUCGCAGCAUCGUCCAGAUCAUUUAUGAUGAGAACCGGAAAAAGGCUGAAGAAGCCCAUAAGAUACUGGAAGGGUUGGGGCCGAAAGUGGAGCUGCCUCUGUACAACCAGCCCUCUGAUACUAAAGUCUACCAUGACAACAUUAAAACGAAUCAGAUGAUGAGGAAGAAGCUGAUUCUGUUUUUCAAGAGGAGGAACCAUGCACGCAAACAGAGGGAGCAGAAAAUUUGCCAGCGGUAUGAUGAGCUGAUGACUGAGUGGGAGAAAAAAGUUGAGCGGAUGGAGAACAACCCCCGCCGUAAAGCCAAAGAGAGCCGUACACGUGAAUACUACGAGAGGCAGUUUCCUGAGAUCCGCAAACAGCGCGAGCAACAGGAACGUUUCCAGAGGUCAGCCAGGCCCCCCAGCUUCCGUGAUGACCCAAUGAACGCUCUGUCAUUCACACACAUUCACCGGGUAGGCCAGAGGGGGACAGGCCUGUCUGCCACCAUCGCAAGAAGUGAACACGAGAUAUCUGAGAUCAUUGACGGCCUCUCUGAGCAGGAGAACAAUGAGAAGCAGAUGAGGCAGUUGUCCGUCAUUCCUCCCAUGAUGUACGAUUCCGAACAGCGAAGAGUGAAGUUUAUCAACAUGAAUGGUCUGAUGGAUGACCCAAUGAAGGUCUACAAAUCCCGCCAGUUCAUGAAUGUCUGGACCGAACACGAGAAGGAGAUCUUCAAGGAAAAGUUUGUGCAGCAUCCAAAGAACUUCGGGCUGAUCGCUUCAUUUCUGGAGAGAAAGUGUGUGUCUGAUUGUGUGCUCUACUAUUAUUUGACUAAGAAGAGUCAAAACUAUAAAACUCUUGUCAGAAGAAAUUUUGGAAAUCGUCGACGAAGGAAUCAGCAGAUAACGCGACCUUCACAGGAAGACAAGACAGACGACAAGAACGAAGAGGACAAAUCGGAGAAAUCAGAGAAGAAAGAGGACGAGGAGAAGAAGGAAGAGGAGGAGAAAGAUGAAAAAGAGGACUCCAAGGACAUCAGUAAAGAUAAAGAGAAGUGUGAGGGAGAGGAGGAAGAGGGUAAGGAGCAGAGCACGCCACGCGGCCGAAAGACUGCCAACAGCCAGGGCCGACGCAAAGGCCGCAUCACCACCCGCUCCAUGGCCAAUAAUGAGGCUGCGUCUGUGGUGGCUGAAGAACCACCUCCACCACCACCUGAACAAGUUCUGCCAGAGCCAACACCCCCUUCUAAACCUGAGCAGGUGCAGAAACCAGCUCGAGAGGCUGCGAAACCCUCUCCCACAGCCAGCGCAGACACAAGAGGCGCGGUUGAAGCUGGAGAGACGUCUCGCUGGACAGAGGAUGAGAUGGAGAUCGCCAAAAAAGGGCUAGUUGAACAUGGUAGGAACUGGUCAGCCAUUGCUAAGAUGGUAGGCACUAAGAGUGAAGCUCAAUGUAAGAACUUUUACUUCAACAACAAGAGACGAUACAACCUAGACAACCUUCUACGGCAACACAAGGUACAGGGUUCCCGACUCCGUGGAAAUCGAGACUCAUCACAGAGUGAUCCUGCGCCUGAUGAGGACGAGGAGAGUGACGGUCCCGAUAACAGUUCGGACACAGAGAGUGCACCCUCUCCAUCUCAAACCGACCCCUCCAAAUCCUCUGACUCUCUAACUCAUCCCAGCUCAGCUCUGGAUGGCGCAUCAGACCUGGAUGUCACGACAUCCAAGGGCCCGGCGGCAGAUGCCAAAGGCCAGGAGCCUCUGUACAGCGAGCUGCGGGUGAAAGUAGAGAAGAGUCCCGAAGGAGGAGCUGGAGACGGGCUUCCUCAAGAUGAACGAACACACUCGGCAUAUGAAAUGCAGAUCCAUCCUAAGAGCGAGCCACAGGAUGUGGAGAUGACCACACCCAGCAGUGAAAGAGCACAGGUGCAAGUGAAGACUGAGCCAGAGGUCAAGGACAAGGAGGAGAAACAAGGGGAGCAGCAACACUCCGAUAAUGACUCUAGCGCCACCUGCAGUGCUGAUGAGGAUGUGGAGGCCGAACCUGACCGACAAAGACUUUUCUCUUUGGAGAAGCCAUCAUUGCUGGGCACUUCAGGCUCAGUGGUUGUGUCCUCAGCCAAACUCCUCAGCAUGCAGCAAAUACAACAGCGGGCCGCCACCAUCCCCCCUAUGGUCAGUCCCCAUAGCCUCUACCCCCACUUAGCAUUCAGAUAUGCCCCUCUGGACAGAGACAGGGCCCAGCCACCCCGCCACGUUUCAGCUCCAUUUGGUCACAGUGGUGUUCCCGGAGGUGCAUUGAGCGGCUUUGCAAUGUUCCAGCACCAAAUCAAAGCUGUGCAUGAGUCCGUGCAGGAGGACAAACAGAGACUGGACCAGAACGAGUCUGAUCGCAGACCACGAGUCACCACCCACAGCCCCACUGUACUGGACCGAGAAGGUAAGACAUUCGCUUACAUGCCAUAUGAUCUGAAGCUGAUGGAGCAGGAAUCUCAUGGUGGAGUGGGCAGACCAGGCUCUCCAUACAGACUCUCUCCUCGGGAGCCUAGCAAAGCCUCACCCCAGCCCGACGGCAGUAACGCCACCCGGUAUAGUGUACCUCCAGUUCUUCAGCCGGCACCAAACCAGGCAGUUCAGAAUCUUUCAGAUGUCCGCAUGACGUUCUCUCGCCACAGACCGGCCAACAUUCCGUCUCCUCCGCCCCUCAUUCCCACCUCCAAACCAACAGACAAGCCCUCCUUCAUUCAGGGGGGCUCCAUUUCACAGGGAACGCCAGGAACAUACCUUCCAUCUCAAACGCACGCAGUGUACGUACCGGAGGUAGUCAAGACCACAGGAGGAUCAAUCUCACUCGGCUUGCCAAGACAGCAGGACCCUGCCAAACCUGUGUCAUAUAUUAAGCAGGAGGAGUGUUCUCCACGUGGUCAGAGCGCUCAGGCAGAGGGUCUCUUAUCCAGAGCUCAGUAUGAGGGAGUGGUCAGAGGAGGACCCAUACAGAUUCAGGACAUGAGAGGGCCACCUGGAAAAGGCCCAGAGGGCGUGACCUUUAGAGGUGGCUCAAUUACACAGGGCACCCCUGCCCUGACUCAGUCCAAUGUAGCAGCGGAUCUCUUGAAAGGCACUAUUGCUAAACUGGCCACGGAGGACCUGAGCGGCCCAGAGAAGAGCCGAGCCGAAGCUUAUUCUAAAGCUCACGUCAUCUACGAAGGCCAAAAAGGACACAUCCUCUCUUUUGACGCUAUUAAGAACCCUAGAGAGGGCACUAGAAGCCCACGGAUGGGGCAUGAUCUCAAGCGCACAUAUGACAUCAUGGAGGGGUCCCGUGGACACCCAGCACGUGAGACGGCACCUUAUGAAGGAUUGAUCAGCAGAGCAUUGCCUAGAGAAAGUCCACACGAGUCAAAGGAUCGAUCCAUACUCGCAGGAUCCAUCAUGCAAGGAACUCCAAGAGCCUCUGCUGAAGUAUAUGAUGAGGCCUCCAAAUACGGUAAACAGAUCAAGAGGGAAAGCCCACCCAUACGCUCUUUCGAGGGAGGCAUCACGAAAGGUAAACCAUACGAGGGAGUGAACACCAUAAAGGAGAUGGGCCGUUCAAUUCAUGAGAUCCCACGCAAGGAGACCCAAGAUAGUCGCAAAACUCCUGUUCUGGAAGGAUCCAUUACUCAGGGUAUUCCUCUGAAGUACGAGAGCAGUACUGUGAACCCGUCAGCCAUCAAGCACAAUGUUAAAUCUCUGAUCACAAGUCCAGUGAAGAUCUCACACUCUGCCAUUGAGGCGGCCGAGCGAGAGAGGGCCAAGUACGAAGAUGUAAAGGCGUCCGAGCGCGUACGGCACACUUCUGUUGUAAACUCUACAUCUGUCCUGCGCUCCACACACACAGAGGCGGGAAAAGCUCAGCUCAGUCCAGGCAUGUAUGACGACAGCAAUGCACGCAGAACCCCUACGUACACCAGCACCUCCAUAUCCAGAGGAUCACCCCUACUGCGAGGGCAAGAGGGAAGUAUGACAACAGGUAAACCAGCUUCUCACGAGAGAAAGAGCGCACUGACCCCAACCCAGAGGGACAGUAUUCCUGCUAAGUCACCUGUGUCUGGGGCUGACCCUCUUGGCUCUCACAGCCCCUUUGACCCCCACCACAGACCUGUGGUACCUGGAGAGGUGUACCGGACUCACCUGCCACCACACCUGGACCACAGCAUCGCCUUUCACCACAGAGUCCUGGACCCAGCAGCGUACAUGUUCCCACGGCAACCGUCACCGACCGGUUACCCCAACACUUACCAGCUGUACACCAUGGAGAACACUCGGCAAACCAUUCUGAACGAUUACAUCACCUCGCAGCAGAUGCAGGUCAUACCGCGCCCUGAUGUUGCGAGGGGACUGUCGCCACGUGAACCGUCCAUUGCCAUCCCAUACCCACCAGCUAGAGGAAUAAUUGAUCUAGCCCAGAUGCCACCUACCAUCCUGUUACCUCACCCUGGGGGGACAGUUUCCCCCUCCCUGGACCGCAUCUCCUACAUCCCUGGACCUCAGACCCCUUUCCCUCCUAGGGCAUUCAACCCUGCCUCCAUAUCUCCAGGACAUCCUGCCCAUCAUAGUGCCACUGCAGCCAUUGUGGAGAGAGAGAGGGAGAGAGAGAAUCAGAGAGAGAAGGAACGCGAGAGAGAGAGGGAAAGAGAGAGAGAUCGAGAAAGAGAGAGAGAUCAGAGAGAACGGGAACGUGCUGCUGUAGAAUAUAUGCGUGGAGGUCCUGAGCAGCCUGGCCGACCAGGCAGCCGUAGUUUCCUGCGCUCCACCUCACCCUCUGUGCGAACACAGGAGGGCGUCCUCCAGCAGCGGCCGAGCAUCUUCCAGGGCACCAACUCUAAGAGCGUUAUUACACCACUCAUUAAAUGUCCAACUCUGUUUUGCUUGUCCAGGCAAAUGCCCUCACAAGCAGCUGCAGCUCAAGCCAACUCCCGAUACAGCAAUGCAGCUGAUGCCCUCGCCGCCCUGGUGGACGCUGCGGCCUCUGCCCCGCAGAUGGAUGUUGUGAAAGUCAAGGAGAGCAAGCAUAAUAACGGUAGCUCCCGGGAUGAUGACAUGAUGUCAUCACGGCGAGCAGCACAGGAGUCACAGGAGGUGGAGCGCCGUUCCAUGCAAUCACCAUAUGGGGAUGUGUCACUUCCUGGUGGGAAACCUUCCCAUCCUGUGUAUGCAGAGGGUGGAGGAGCUUCAGGGAGCAAAGAGAAAGCCCCACCCACAAAAUCACGCAUGGAGGAGGAGCUGCGCACACAUGGGAAGACCACCAUAACUGCUGCAAACUUCAUUGAUGUCAUCAUAACGCGCCAGAUUGCCCCAGAUAAGGACUCCCGUGAGAGAAGCUCACAGAGCUCUGACUCCUCCAGCAGCAUGUCAUCCAGUCGUUAUGAGGCUCAGGGUGGAAUUGAGGUGAUCAGCCCAGCUAACUCUCCAGCCCUGAGAGAAGAGAAGAACGAAGGACCUUUCCCAUCAGAAAAGAGCUCUCAGCCACCCACAGGAAUGAGGUUUGACAUUAACCGGUACAGGACAUCAGGAGAUUCAGGACCUUCUGCACCCCAGCAGCCUCCCUCCUCACAAGCAGACAGUUAUGGGCCCGUUCCUAAAACACACCGCAUCAUGACCCUCGCUGACCACAUUUCACAUAUCAUUACACAAGACUUUGCCAAGAGCCAGGAUCCUCCCCCAUCAUCCAGUUCACUGCCUUCCUCUUCAUCCUCCACAUUCCAGAGCUCUGGUGUGGGAGGUGUUGUUGGUCGAGUUAAACCCGCUAACCGCUAUAGCCCAGAAAACCCAGCUCCAACUACACACCACCAGAGACCACCAAGCAGAGUAUCUCCCGAGAACUCUUCUGAUAAACCAAGAGCCAGGCCAGGCAGGUCUCCUGAUCGAGGUCGAGGGCUGGUCGAGGGCAGCUAUGAGCCCAUCUCUCCUCCUCAGGGUUAUUCUGGGAUGGAUAAACAGGAGGCCAGUAUGCUGCAGAGUCAGAGACGAGAGCAGGAGCUCCCUGAACAGAGGAAUGACUCGCGCUCCCCAGGCAGUGGCAGUUACCUGCCCUCUUUCUUCACCAAACUGGAGAGCACGUCUCCUAUGGUUAUGUCCAAAAAGCAGGAGAUCAUCCGCAAAGCAGAAGUCGGAAAUGCUCAGCCAGGCACAGAGAUCUUCAAUCUCCCAGCAGUAACAUCAUCAAGCAGUGUAAACCCUAGAAACCACUCGUUUAGUGAUCCAGCCAGUAAUCUGGGUCUGGAGGACAUCAUCAGGAAGGCUCUGAUGGGGAACAUGGAGGAGAAGCAGGAGGACCAGCAGCAGCAGCAGCUGGGGACAGGAAACACCUCAGGAAGCAUGAGCAGUAUUUCAGAGAGCCGUCAGGAGGCCAGCCCGUCCCCUAACACAGGUUCAUACUCAGGAAAGCAGAAGCUUCAGAGCAAAGCUAGCAGCAGGAAAUCAAAGUCUCCAAACCCAGGCCAGGCAUACUCUGCCGGAGAGCGGCCCUCUUCUGUGUCCUCCGUUCAUUCAGAGGGUGAUUACCACAGACAGGCUCCCACCUGGGCUUGGGAGGACAGACCGUCAUCCACAGGUUCCAUGCAGUUCCCCUAUAACCCCCUGACCAUGCGCAUGCUCAGUAGUACCCCUCCCACCUCCAUGGCCUGCCCAUCUCCCUCCAUGCAGUCCCAGCAGCAGCCACAGGGUGGUGCCUCCGGCCCUGUGGCACCGACGCGCGCGUGGGAGAGAGAGCCGCCGCUACUGUCAGAGCAGUACGAGACCCUCUCGGACAGCGACGACUGAGGCAGGUGACCCGCCUCCCUCUCCUACUCAAGCGUCCAUGCCCCACUCCUGUUCACCUUCGCCCUUCUUUCGCUGUCUUUAUGAAUCCCACUCACUGCCACUCGAGAGUGAGAUUCUGCUGGGGAGGAGGUCGUACGUUUGGUGCUACUUUUGUGCCCACUGGUGGUCAGAGAGAGCAUUGCAGAGAGCCACUCAUUUUCAGGAUUGAACUGAUGCUUUGAUUUUUGGCUUGUUUGGGGAUAAGAACUUGAAAAAAAAGUCGUGGAAAAAACUCGAAGAGAUGUGGAAAGUCAAAUGGAUGAAGAACUUGUAAAGAGACUUGUUUGCUGAAAAUUUGUUUCUGUAAAGAUUUUUUUUUUUGUCUUUAAAAAAAAAGAAAAAAAUUCAAUGUAUGUAAAUAGUAACCUUUUGCAGUGUUUUUCAUUUAACUAAUUUUUUUCUGCAUUUUAACAUUGCUUUUUAAAUUUAUCCCAGUUGGAUGAAUGGGUGGAACAAGACACCGUGGAUUUUUGUGGUCAGUCGAGCGAAGAGCAUUGAGCUUCCCACAUCUGAAAGUUAAUGGUCUAAUCUAAACGACUCCCAACGAAACGCAAAUAGGACUUUGUUUGCUCCAUCAGAUGUGGACCCUGUCUAUGCAGCAAUGUUGAGAUGUGUUCUGCCCUGUCACUUCAGGGAGGAAGUCACAAUCGUUCAUCAACUGUUAAAGGAGGACAGGACUAAAUGAAAGACGCCAUCCGCCUUUUCUGUUGUAGGAGUUUUGUUCACCGUGAAACUUCAGACAUGAGAUGAAUGUUUCUUCUGUUUUUCUCUCGCUUUUCUUUUCGGCUUGGUUCUAAUCUUCAGCAGUGGCCUGUUGCAGAACUGUUCAGAGUGUUUGGCCCUACAGUUGAAUGUCUGACAGUUUGGCAUGACUCGUCAUCUUUAAUUUGCUAACCGUUCUUGCGGGGCUUUUCAUCAAGGUCCGCCACCUUUCCCCAGUAACCCCUUUUCUUUUUGAAGAAAAAUAUGUUUCUGGAGGGAAAUCCUCUAUUACUAGUCAUAAAGGAGCACAUAUAACAUGUGUAUUCUGUCAAAAUGUGUGAAUUUUUUUCUUCUUCCCCUAGACCACAAAACAAAUACAAAGACAAAAAGAUGAAGUACCAAACUUGGUACAUCUCUGCACCAUUGUUGCACUUUUUUUCUUUAGUAAUUUUGAGAAGCUUAAAAUCAUACUACCUUUAAUCUAAGUUAUUCAGUGUCAUGCAGACGUCUGCAAUGCUUUCAGAUAUGUUCAUGUUUUGUUCACUUACUCCAUCUGCAUCUUCAACUCUUGGAAAUUUGACUUUUUUUUUUUUUUUUAACUUGGAUUAAGCAUAUACAGUCGGUACCAUUUAUCUCAGCUGCUGCACUCGUUCAGAGAUCUAAGAAUCUCUGUCUGAAAGUGAAUAAGCUCAAUUUUAGUGCAGAAAUAGUUGAAUGGGAUGAAAGCUAAUGGAGGUCCCUGAUAUCUGAAGGCAUCUCUUGAUCCUGCUUUUUUCCUCUUUAUGUGCUUCUGCUUUGUUCAAAUAACACCACCAGUCUGAUCGUUAUUUUCAUAUAAUGGUUUCAUUUUCUUCAGAAGUUUUAAAAACAAUGUUGAGCUCAUGUUAGGAUUUUUUUCCACAUUCUUUCUUUUUCUAUGAUUUUCAGCAUCAAUGUUAUAUUCAUCCUGUUUGAACGGGAUGUCAAGUGUUUACAAUGGCGUUGACAAAAAUGGUGAAACUUGAAUCUUAAAGACAAUUAAAAUUGCUCAUCAUGUCAGUCUAUUUUCCAGUUUAGCUUUGCAAGGGUGACUUUCUUUUUUUUCUGGUCAGUUCAGAAUCAAGACUUGAAAAAAAAUAACUUGUCCCCUGAUUUUGAAAUCCAAUGUUUGUAUCACUCUGUCUCCUCAGUAGUGGAUGAGAAAUGUGCAGACCAAUCAAUAAAGUAGAACAGAGCUCCACUUCUCUGAAACAUACAGCGCUGUA